AUGGAGGUAAGAGAGCCUAACUGGCGGUAGGGACCCUGGGACAACCACUCUGGGGGGGUGGGGUGGGUGACGGUGGGUCCCCCAUGCCUUUUAAAAAGAGUCCCCAUGGGAUUGGAUCUGUGGAGGGAAAGGGCAUAAUAUGGGGCUGGGGAGGAAGGGGAAUGGGAUGGGGCUGAGGUUAUCAGGGGGUCUAGUGUAUCCCCCCCCAUUGUGUGUUUGGUACCUUCCAACGUAUCCUUAAGGAGCCCAACUGACGGCAAAAGAGGGGAGGGGUGCGGGGUUCAGCAGUUGCCUUGGGCCCAACUUGGCCUCUCCUAGCCUGUCCAUCUUCCUAACUUCUUAUCCCCCCCCCCCAAAUCUCUCUUUUCGCCGCCUCUUGUCAUUUGAGAGGAUGUGGAGGACCCCUCUAGCUUUUUCGGCUAGUAGCCACUGGCCGGCUCAUCCUCUGUGGGUUGAACCCCCACAUCAGAGAUAUGACACAGUUGGGGACGUUUGAGGAAGGUUGUGGGGAGAAAGGGGGUGUCCUUGCGGGAAGGGGAUGCCUUGGAAGUGGGGGUGAGAGUUCCACCAGGAAGCAAGUUAAUAUUUAAUGGAGUUCAUUCCGGGGCACAAAGGUGAAAGUUCAGACCUUGGAUUGUGCUUGGUUAGAGUGGAAUAAGUUCAGCUUGCAUCUUGUACUAAUGCCAGCUGUGGAUUCCCACCCCCCACCCCCAUUGUGGGUGCUUCACUCCUAGUAACAUGGAUAAAUGUGGCAUGGGUUGCUCAUGGGAAGCUCUUUGCAGAUUGUCCUACCUUACAUGUGCACAAAAAUGGCAUUUGUUCUCUAAAAGCCUGUGAUCUUCCUUCUGUGUCUCUUCUCCACAUCACAUGCACACAUCUUAAAUACCCCCGAAAUGGCAAUAAAAUGUUGAUCAGAAUAUACUUGAGUCCAUAUAAGUUUGUUUUGGGGAGGAAAUCAGUUGAAUGUCAUUUGUUCAGUCUUGAUCUCUCCAGGAAAGAAUAUCUACCCCUCCCAGGAUAGAUUGGGUAGAAACUAAUUUUGCAUAUAGCUGUUCUCCUAUAGUUUGGUCUGUAUGGUCCAUCUGAAGUUACUCCUCCAUGAGCACUUUGGCGUUGCACACUUUCAACCACUUGCACAUCAUCCUUUUGACAUUUGUUGGUCCCAUUGGUGUGGCUUGAGUGUAAGAUGUGCCCUGCUUGGCUGGGACAAACAGUUGGAUCCAGUGACCUCUGGGCUCUUCCGAACCUGAAGUUGUGUGCCAACUACACAUGCCUUUGCCUACCUAUUUACCUUCAGAUGGUUUGCACUACGACUCCCAUCAGCCCCAGCUAGCCUGGCCAUGCUGGCUGGGAGUGAUGGGAGUAUAGUCCAAAACAUCUUGAGGGAAUCAGAUUGGUGAUGGCUGCCCUACCCCUUGUUGUAUCCGGUCUGCUCAUGUUAGCUUGGAAUACGGUUGAGCUGCAUGAUGACUGUAGAUGUUUCCUCUCAUAGUAUGCUCGGUUGCCCUUUAUAGUCUUUCAAAACUGUGAGGCAGUGACGUCAUUGUUCAUCUUGGGCAGGGCACCUUGGGACUACCUGCAUCCAAGGAGUGCCUUGGAGCAUGUGCUUGGAUGAAGGUCAAAGUACCACUCAUUUAGCUCACUGACACUGCUUAUUACAAGGUGCCUCUGCAUGAAAUAAUUACCUGACCUUAAAGUUGACUACAGGUAGUUGUCCUUGCAACAGACCUACUUACGACAUAUGCACCUGUGUUCAGGGGGCUGUAUAUCAGGGAGUCUGAAGUGGCAGGAAGGCUUAAGAAGUUCUAAAUUCACAUUUGUGCUUGGCUGUAUGUGUGUGUUCAGAAGCACUGAAUAGGAAUUCCAAUGUGUUUUAUUUUUCAACGCUCUGCUCUGUUAGAGCAAAGGGAACUGUCUUAUACUGAGUCAGACCACUGGUCCAUCUUGCUCAACAUUGCCCACAUUUGACUGGCAGUGACUCUCCAAGGUGUCAGGCAGGGAACAAUCCCAACCCUACCUGGAGAUGCUGGGGACUGAACCUGAGACUUUCUACCAGGAAACAGUUUCCUCUGUCUCUGAGCUGUAGUCAGUUCAAAUGUUACUUGUCAGGAGUAGGAUUUGAACCCAUAACUCAGGGGAGAUGGUGACUUUGUAGGCACCUCAGCCGUCCUGGCUUCUUAAAUCAUAGUGGUUCCACUGGGGCUCAAACACACAACCCUCUGUGUUUAAGCAGAUAUUACAAUCAUGGAAUCCACAUGUUGUGCCCUUGCCGUGAGAAGAGGCUGAGGAUCUCCUUAUGCGGUUGCUAGGCAACUGCAGCAUACUUCCUCCCACACCCAUUAAGAUUAUGGUUAUCCAGGACCCUGGAGCAUUGGGGCAGGACAGCAGUGAGUUUUGAUGCUUGUGCACACAAACCCCAGUCUGGCCCUCUGCAUAGAAACCAGGCCUGUCCAACAGAGGAGGGCGGGAAUUCUGAAAAUGCUAGAGUCCCUUUCAGCCAUGUCGCUUCCAUUCAUUCAUUCAUUCGUUCAUUUGGUAUGGGGAACAUGAAUAUACAAAGCUGCCUUUUACUGAGUCGAAUGAUAAGCUCAUCUAGUUUUCUACUCUGACUGGCAGCAACUCUUGAGGGAUGCUGGAGCAGCAGCAGCAGCACCCCCCCCCCAAAAAAAAUCAUUAUACAAUAACUGCACAGCACCAGGGGUUCAGAGCAUAGCAAUUGGGUAGGGUGAUGGAUUGGGCUGCUAAGCUUCUUGGCUUCUGCUUCAGUAUGAUUAUUGGCCUCUGCUGCUGUGCUUUCUUAAACAGCUGCUCAAUUUGCAGACAUUAGCAGGAGAAAAUGCUGGUCUCAGUCAGUGCUGCGUAAAGCUUUUUGUGUGCUGAUGCCUGCUAAAGGCUCAGCAGUAGUUUGAAUGUUUUAAAACAAUUUUUUUUUGUGGGUUUGUGGCACUCUCUGCUUUGGACCUUGGGUGAGGCCAGUGGGUGAAAGCAUGGGGACAGCCUCGGCACCAUAGAUGACGUUUACAUUCCCCCACUACUUGGUGAUGUACCUAUAUAUCAUUCAGAACUGGUUUGAUGUCCAUAUCAUGAUAAUCAGUUUCAUAAUUUUUGACCUGGCAAUAUAUCACAAAUCAUGAGGUGUAUCUGUGUGUGCGAGGCAAAAAUCACACGGGGGGGGGGGGACCGUGAAGCUAGCUAGUGCCUGUACAUAGCUCCAUCCUUAUUUCAGACAUCUUGACAUAUCAGUAUAUUGUGAAGUUUAGCUGGUGAUAUAUCGCAAUGUUGAAAAGCAGAUAUCACUCAGCCUUACCACUUGGCUGAAUGACACUGCACUGGUGACUUUCAAAGGAGCAUUAUUCUCAGUGUGGUAGCGUGGCAAGGCUAGGCCCAGGGAGGCCCAGGUUGAAAUUCAUUUGCCACUCAACCACAUUAGGUGACCCUGGGCAAUUUUACUGUCUCUCGUCCUAACUUAACUCAAAGGGUGGAUUUCGUGGGCAUUCAAUAAAACUGAAUGUUGGGUAAAAGACAGCACUUCUUCACACAGAACGUAAUUAAACUAUGGAACUUGCUGCCACUGGAGGCAGUGAUGGCCACCGACUUUUGAAAGAGAGUUGAACAAAUUCAUGGGAGAGAAGGUUACUAGGCACAAUGUCUGUGCUCUGCCUCCACAACUGGAGGAAUCAGUGCUUCUGAAUAUCAGUUGCUGAAAACCACAGGAGGCGAGAGGGAUCUUGUAUUUGGGUCCUGCUUGCGAGUUUCCUGCAGGCAUCUCAUUGGCCACUCUGAGAACAGGCUGCUGGACUAGAUGGGCUUUUUUGCCUGAUCCAGCAGGGCUCUUCUUAUGUGUUCUUAUCCCGAGGUAGGGCUGGGAGAAACUCCUGCGUGAAGCCACGGAGACUGGCUGCUAGUCAGUGUAGACCAGGGGUACAGGCAAAGGUAAAGGGACCCCUGACCGUUAGGUCCAGCCGCAGACGACUCUGGGGUUGCUGUGGUCAUCUCGCUUUACUAGCGUACAGCUUCCGGGUCAUGUGGCCAGCAUGACUAAGCCGCUUCUGGAGAACCAGAGCAGCGCACGGAAAUGCCGUUUACCUUUCCGCCGGAGUGGUACCUAUUUAUCUACUUGCACUGCUUGCUUUCAAACUGCUAGGUUGGCAGGAGCAGGGACUGAGCAACGGGAGCUCACCCUGUCGCAGGGAUUCAAACCACCGACCUUCUGAUCGGCAAGCCCUAGGCACUGUGGUUUAAUCCACAGCUCCACCCACGUCCCAGACCAGGGGUAGUCAACCUUUUUAUACCUACCGCCCACUAAUGCAUCUUUCUUGAUGGUAAAAUUUCCUUAACGCCCACCAGUGCUCGAUGGAAGGUGGAUUCUGCUUGUGCUGUAGAACCCACUACAUCCCACCUAGAAUCCUGAAAUGGCCGCUAGUGGGCAGUAGGGACCAGGUUGACAACCCCUGGUGUAGACAGUACUGAACUGGAUAGACCAGUGGUGUGACUGCUUUUAAGGUGGCUUCCUUCGUUCCUAUUCAGUAUCAACUUCUGACUAAUGAGCUUUUUAAGACUGCUGAGGUGGAGGCCACAAGUGAUGGUUUUAUGAGUUCCCAAAGUGUGAGUGGCGCUACACCAUGGAUUUGUCUGGUUAUAUUGGACUUGGGGUGAGGCUGCAUUUGUGGUGGAAGAAAAAUAAAUAAAAGGAUUGCUAAUAUUUUCCUUUCUCCCCCUAAGUUCCCUGGAGGAAAUGAGAAUUACCUGGCUAUCACCGGGACAGCACACCCCUUUUUGUCAGGGGCCGAGGUGAGUUUGGCUGCUUGCAGGGGCUGAGGGUGCAGGGCAGUUGGCGGUGGAGAGCGUGGAAUGAAAGUGCUGGAUGGCAGGAACCAGGGAGAGGUUGCCACCUGCAGCUCGCAGCAGACCAAAUGCUUUGUUGUGUACAAGGCUCCUGGUUCAAUUCCUGGUGCCUCCAGUUUCAGGGAACUGUCCUCUUGUCUGAGACCCCGGAGAAUGAAAACAAGGGGGAGAUCAGGCUUUGGUGUUUACCCGAGGCAAGACUUUUUGCUCUGUGUAUUCCUCUUUGAAGCUUAAAAAGCUUGCAAAUUGAGAAUCGCCUUGUUUUGAAAAUCAGAACUUAAGAAGCAUCCUUAAAUAGGUGUCGCUUUUUAUUAUUUAUUUUUGCUUUCACAUCCCACCUUUCCUGGCACAUAUGGUUCUUUCCCCCUCUCCACAACAACCCUGUGAGGUACAUUAAGCUGAGAGGUGGUGACUGGCUCAACGUCACCCAGCGAGCUGCACAGCCGAGUGGGGGAUUUGAACUCGGGUCUCCGAGGUCCUAGUCAGACACCCUAACUGCUACACCAGCAGGGACCCUAAAGGGCCUCUUGACUCAGAAUAUUCUGACCAUACCGGGCUGGAUGGACAACAUCUGAUCUAGUGUAGUGUGCCUUUUCUAAGUUUGUACACCUGCAUCAAAGUCUCUCUUUCUCUCUUUUCCUCCCUCCCUUUUGCUCAGACCUUCCACACGCCAAGCCUGGGGGAUGAAGAGUUCGAGAUCCCGCCUAUCACGCUGGACGCUGAUCCCUCCCUGGCCGUUUCUGACGUGGUUGGGCACUUUGAGGACCUGGGCGACCCCGUGACUGCCCCAGACACCACUUUUUCUGCCCAGUAUGGGGUGCAGGCGCUUGACAUACCUGUGGGCAUCAGCCCUGGUCUCAUGGAGCAAGGUGGGGGACUUCUGAGCGGGGGGCUGGCCAUGGUGAGUACCCUGCUUGACAUAGUUUUGAGAGUGCAUGCAGACACCAUACGACUCCUCUAGUGGGCAGCGCAGUAUCUUCUGGGCAAAAUCCAGUUUGUGGGUUAUCGUGUGUUAGCUUUCGAUUUGCCCGUACCCUUCGAGGGAUUCUUCCAGGCCAGGGCAAGUUGGUUCAAUUCUUAGCUGUCAUGGAGGAGAACUGCCCCACCUUCUCAUGGAGCUGGCUUCAGGAGGUGGGGAGGAAAAUGCCAGAAGCGUCCAAGCUGUUUCCCCCAACACAAUUCCAGAAAUCAUCUUUGUGCCACUCUGGCCGCAGCAAACACUGGUGUGUGUGAGGGGGGCGGCUUCUGUUAGUGCCGCAAUUCACUUCAGCUGGUUGCCAAUCUCCACAUUGUGUGAUUCCGUUUAGAAGUCAUUAGUUUGUUGCCUUCAUGGCCCCCCUUUCCCUCCAAGGAGCCCAAGGUGGCGUGAAUGGUUCUCCCCACAACAGCUCUGUGAGGUAGGAUAGAGUGCAAGGCAGUGACUGGCCCAAGGUCACCCAGUGAGUUUCAUGGCCAAGUCGAGGAUUUGAACCCUGGUCUCUCCUGGAUCUUAGCCUGAUAAUCUAUCCACAAAACCACACUGGCUCUGUGUUCCAUUCCUCAGUUGCUUCCCAAAAAAUGUCUGAGCAAUUUCUUAAUGAAAAUAUCAGCGGCAAAAACAACUGCCCGAUUUCAUAUGUUGGAUUAAUAAUAAUAAUAAUAAUAAUAAUAAUUUAUUUAUACCCCGCCCAUCUGGCUGGGCCUUCCCAGCCACUCUGGGCGGCUUCCCAAAAAAUAUUAAAAUACUGUAAUACAUCAAACAUUAAAACCUUCCCUAAACAGGGCUGCCUUCAGAUGUCUUCUAAAAGUCUGGUAGUUAUUCUCUUUGACAUCUGGUGGGAGGGCAUUCCACAGGGAGGGUGCCAUUACCGAGAUGGCCCUCUGCCUGGUUCCCUGUAACUUGGCUUCUUGCAGUGAGGGAACUGCCAGAAGGCUCUUGGCUCUGGACCUCAGUGUCCGGGUAGAAUGAUGGGGGUGGAGACGCUCCUUCAGAUAUACUGGACUGAGGCCAUAUCAUAUAAAUGAUCCUAACAAUUAAAAAAAAAAAAAUGCUUCCAUGUGUAAAAGCAAGUUCACAUCCAGUACAGAUGCAGGCUUAGAUACAGAUCACCGCUUAAAAGACUUGCUAAAAAAAGGAGGGUUUUCAGUGGAGCUGUAGCUCAGUGGAAGAUCAUCUGCCUUGCAUGCAGAAAGGUCCCAGGUUCAAUCUUCGGCAUCUCCUGGUAGGGCUGGGAAAGAUGACUUGCCUGCAACCCUGGAAAGCUGCUGCCAAUCAGUGUCGAUGAUACUGAGCUAGGUGGGCCAAUGGCCUGGCUAAAUAGAAAGUUGCUAAGCACCAAAAAGACGCCAGAGACAGACAGACAGGAGGAGGAAGGAGGAGUAUUUAUAAGUGGGACCUGCAACAAAACGUUGCAGCGUAUUCUUUCUCUUAGUGGGAGUGCUCCUAUUCCAGUUUCCAGUCAGCCAUUCCUUCCAAGCAUGGCAUUUUACUCUUCCCCCACUUCCCAGUUUUCCGGUUUUCUUUUCCUAUUGAUAUGCAGCAUUCUGUGGUCACUGAGGAACAUUCUCAGCCUUCCUUUGUUUUUGGCCGGGGUUUGUGCAAGCUUGAGAGUUGUAUGUUCUAUAUAUACAUAUAUAUAUACAUAUAUAUAUUUGUACUUUUGCCAACCUUGGGCUUCUCCCAAAUGAGAGCAUCCUAGAAGAUACCACAGCUGGCUGAAAUCCUGAACAAGAGCCCAUUUUGCUGUCUGUGUCCCGUUGCCAAACCCCAUUCGCUUGGAGCUUUUCAGUCAGCUCCGUUGUGCAAUUAAACAUUCUAUUAAUUCACACACCCAUUUAAAAACAUGUAAGUAAUUAGGCUCCAAUAAUAAACAGAUUCAGGCUGGUCAGGGUCGUUAGCUCAGGGGUUGAAUUUCCUUAUUUCACCAGCGUCUUCCUUGCACAGCAGGAAAUGACAGGAGUCUGGUGUGCUGCUGUUAUCAGCAAACAAGAUAAGCUCCUGGUUCUCCCCCAAACCCUCUGACAAGCGCAGAGGGCUUUGGCCGAGCCGUGCGCUGCUCUCUACACUUCAGCCCAAGUGAAACAAGAGAGGAUACACAAUGCAAGGGACUCCUUGCAAGAGAAGGCUAUCAAUGGCUGCUAUGCUCUGCUUCCCUGGCCAGAGGCAGUAAUGCCGCUGGAGGAGAGAGGGAUCUUGUUUCUGGUUAGCCACUGUGAGAACAGGAUGCUGGACUGGUUAGGCCAUUGGCCUGUUCCAGGAAACACUUCUUAGGUUGCUACUGUUUGGUUUUUUUUCCAAAUCGGAGGGGACAGGAGCUGUUGGGCAUCUUUCUCACCGGAGGGCCAGACCGUCACACAGAUUUCUGCCUUUCUAUAACCAUUGUCACGACCCUGAAUUCUCCCUCUGCAGGAUUUGGACCACCCCAUGGGGACGCAAUACAGCGCCAACCCGCCCGUCACCAUCGAUGUGCCCAUGGCGGACAUCAGCUCCGGUUUGAUGGGGCAUGGCCAGCUGACCACCAUUGACCAGUCGGAGCUCAGUUCGCAGCUGGGCCUCAGCCUGGGGGGCAGCGCCAUCCUGCCCCCCGCAGCCCAGUCGCCCGAGGAGCGGCUCUCACCCACCCCCUCGCCCACCAGUUCCAUGCACGAGGAAGAGACGGAAGAGAUUCGGCGGGUGAGUCUUGGCUCGACGGCAUUCAGGGGCAUCCCAGCCUGAACAGCUGGUGUCCAGAGUCGGUUUGCGCAUGUGCAGAAUCCUCUUGUUUUUGCAUGGAUGUAACAUGACCGCCAUUGCUCUGUUUGCUUUGCCUCUUGCCCUGCCCACCCAUCACUCAUAUGCAGCCCUUGGAAGGUUUCUCCACCAGAACAUGUUGCUUCUGGGCUACCAAAAAAGGAGAAAAGGUUCCCACUUUGGGGCUAGAGUGUCAGACUGGGAUGGCACAAGGUCCAGAUCCCCUGCUGUGAGACUCACCAGGUGAUCUUUGAUCUGUCACCGCCCUUCACAGGGGGGUUGCCAGGAUAAAAGGAGAGGGGAGGGGAGCAUGUACACUGCCCCGAACUACUUGGGAGGAGGGCAAGGUUAAAAAACAAACACGAUAAGUCAGCCUUCCCCAUUCCAUUUCCAAUUGGAUGGCCAUCUGUCAUGGAUGCAUUUAGUUGAGAUUCCUGCAUUGCAGGGGGCUGGACCAGAUUGCCCCUCCGGGUCAUUUUCAGCUCAAAAUUCUAUGAUUUCAUGACCGUGUGCGUCAGGUGAGCAGGUGGUGAAUUCAAUCCACCUGUUGCCCCAUGAAGGCUCUCGGCUAUUUUGGUUUGGGGGCUAUUGCCCGGGACAUCUUGCAGCCCUUAACCCGGGCCCUCCCAAUGUGGCUAGGCUCCAACUCCCCCAGCCUCAGUGGUGAGAGAAAGAGAGUGGGCUGGGCUGGCAGUUGUCGUCCGGCAACCUCUGGACGACUGCAGGUUUCCCCAUCCGUUUUAAAAGCGGGGGCCUCUCCAUUCCAUUUUUUCUUUCAAACGCCCGUUGUUUCAUGCAAAAGUGGCCCACUUCCUCUCCUGCGCUGUGGUUAGGCCAUUUCCUUUCAAUUGCUUUGAAUGCUGCCAGCCCAGCUUAGCUGCCGUUUGCCUGCCUGCCUUUUCCGUCUAUUCCUUAUCAUCCUUGAUGAGAUCCGGGUGCGGGGAACGGUUUGGGAUUAUGCACUGAGCAAAGCGGAAUUGGUUCUGUACCCGCCCCCCAUGGGCGAAUCCCCCCAGCUGCUGCCACCGCCGUGCUCUCUGCCCCGUGGAGCCCGUUUCCGACCCUCUCCCUCUCUGUCCUUGCAGCAAGUUUCUGUCGCCAAGCCGGCGGUGAUGGCCCUGGCGGCCCCUGCGCCGGUCGUGGCACCUGUGGUGGCGGUGGACGCGGGGAAGAAGCAGAAGCCGGCCAAGAAGCAGAAGAAGAAAAAGGACCCCAAUGAGCCCCAGAAGCCUGUUUCGGCCUAUGCUCUCUUCUUCCGCGACACGCAGGCGGCCAUCAAGGGGCAGAACCCCAAAGCCACCUUCGGCGAGGUCUCCAAGAUCGUCGCCUCGAUGUGGGACAGCUUGGGGGAGGAGCAGAAGCAAGUGCGUGCCAAGGGGGUUGGGCAGCGGGGAGGGAGGGAAAAGUGGGAGGGUGUUUUUUUUGGGGGGGGGACAGCGGCGCUGAGGGGUUGAGGAGGAGGCUGUAGCUGCAAAGGAGCAAAGCAGAAACAUUGGGGAGAUCGUGAACGUGCAGCGUUGCCCUUACAGAGGGAUGGGGAGCUGUUUCGGAUUGUGGCCCCAGCCAGUAGCAUCUGACAGCCACAUAGGUUUGCUCGCCCCUGCUGUUGUAGAUUUUGCAUUGCAUAGAGACCACCAAGGUCCUGUCCAACGUCGUGCUUUUAAAGAGAGCACUUUUUUUUUAAGGGAAUGCAAGCUGCAGCGUUCAUCUUUGAAAAGUCUUCCCCGUAGGAAGGAAUUCCUCUUCUUCCAUUUUUUUUAAAAAAUAAUGCAACAAUACGCAUUUUCUUUUAGAAACCUGCAGACUGAGUAAUUGCAAGACAUUUUAUUCAGUUGAUCACAUGCUUCUUUUGACGGAAUGGAAUGAUCAGCCCAGAUAGCUCAGUUGGUUAGAGCGUGGUGCUGAUAAUGCCAAGGUUGCAAGUUUGAUCCCCAUAUGGGACGGCUGCAUAUUUCUACAUGGUUUUCCCUAACAAUUUGGGGUGCGUCAGAGGGUGCUGCAAAGCAGUGUGGUUUAAACAGGGAGCCUCUGCCACAGCCUUCUUCCCUCUCUCCCUGCCAGGUGUACAAGCGGAAAACGGAGGCAGCAAAGAAGGAGUACCUGAAAGCGCUGGCGGCCUACCGUGACAACCAGGAGUGCCAGGUAAGAGAGAUGAGCCUUCUUGCCUCUGCCGUUUCCAGGACUGCAGGGGUGUGACGCUGUCCUGUCCUCUCCUCUCCUGCCUCAGUAGACACAGCAAGAAACCUAGAAAACUACCCUUCUUCCAAGCAGAACAGCCUUUGCCAACCUGGUGCCUUUGGAUUCCUUUGGACUACAACUCCCAUCAGCCCCAGCCAUGCUGUCUGAUGGGAGUUGUUCUCCAAAUUUAAGGUACCAGGAUUGCAAAGGCUAUAAAAGCAUGUCCUUCCAGCCCAGAACUGUCCUGCAGUGGCUUUCCAGGCUGAAAAAAGGAGAGGGGUCUUCUGUCCCAUCGCUUAAAGGGCUGUUACUCAGUGGGAGAGCGUCUGCUCUGAAUACAGAAAGUUUCAGGUUCAAUUCUCAGCAUCUCCAGGUAGGGCUGGGAAAAGAUUCCUGCCCUGAACUCCUAGAAAGCCACUUUUACCCAGCGUGGGAAGUAGUGAGCUAGCUCAGUGUUUCCCAGACUUGGGUCUCCAGCUGUUUUUGGACUACAGCUCCUAUCAUCCCUAGCUAGCAAGACCAGUGAUCAGAGAUUAUGGGAAUGGUAGUCCCCAAACAACUGGAGACCAAAGUUUGGGGAUAACUAAGCUAGAUGGACCAGUGGGUGUGGCCAUUUCCUAUGUUCCUGUCACCUGUUCCCUGGAGACGCCAAGCAUCGAAGGCGGGACUUCCUGCAUGGGCUCUGCUGCUGAUGUGCAUCUCCUCUGGCGGCCCAAUCUGUGGUGUAACUAGAGACUACUUCCUAGGUGCCUGCGGAGAAGUGGAGGAGAAAACACAACACUCCUGGCUUGCCCACCCUUGUCUUAACUGGGUCAGGUCAGGAGCAGCUAUUUACUCCCUCCCAGUGUGGUGUAGUGGUUAAGAGCGGUGGACUCGUAAUCUGGUGAACCGGGUUCGCGUCUCCGUUCCUCCACAUGCAGCUGCUGGGUGACCUUGGGCCAGUCACACUUCUCUGAAGUCUCUCAGCCCCACUCACCUCACAGAGUGUUUGUUGUGGGGGAGGAAGGGAAGGGAGAAUGUUAGCCGCUUUGAGACUCCUUUAGGUAGUGAUAAAGCGGGGUAUCAAAUCCAAACUCUUCUUCUUCCCUGGGGAAGGGACCUUUUCGUGACGCUUCUUCGGGGGCAGAAUGGGAAGCGGAAGAUCAGCUGCGCCCAAUAAUGGAGGAGCUUUCUGUGCCUUCCCCUUUUCCCUUCCUUGACUUCUCUUUUCUUUUGGAAGCUUUACCAGUCGCCACCUGCAAUGUGACCCCAAAAGCCCCCCUAGAUUGUUUCCCCCCCAGCUUCCUGACUCUUCUCUUCCCCUCCACUCCGCAGACGGUUGUAGAAACGGUGGAACUGGACCCCAUCUCCUCGCCUGCCGAGCAGCCGGCCCCCGCCGUGGAGUCCGCCUCCCCCCCGGCCCCGAUGCCGCCCACCCCGCCGGCCCUGGAGAGCCCCCCUCCUGCCCCGACCGUCGUCUCGACACAGCCCACCGUGGUGGUGACCUCGGGGGGCGGGCCCCAGGCGGGGGGCCAGACCAGCAUCACCAAGAUCAUCAUCCCCAAGCAGAUGCUGCCGUCCUCCCUGGCUGUCACCUCGCAGGGCGGCGUGGUGACGGUCAUCCCCGCCACCAUGGUCACGUCACGCGGCAUCCAGCUGGGGCAGCUGCAGGCCGGCACGGGCACCACCCAGAUCGUCACCCGCUCGGUGCUGGCGGCGGCGGCGGCGGCCACUUCCAUGCACUUGCCGCGGCUCCAGCCCCCGCCCCUGCAGCAGAUGCCCCAGCAGCCGCCGGCCCAGCCGGUUGCCAUCCUACAGCAGCCGCCCCCCCUGCAGGCCAUGCAGCAGCCGCCCCUGCAGCAGAAAGUGCGUCUCAACCUGCAGCAGCCGCCGCCGCCCUUGCAGAUCAAGAUCCUGCCCCCGCCCGCCCUGCAGAUCCAGCCCAUCGCCCUGCGGACGGAAGAAGGCAGCCCCGAGAGGCCCAGCGCCGAACUCCAAGCUUCCCCAGAGCCCGUAGACGUGGUGCCGGAGGUGAGGAGCGCUGGGCGGGUGGGCGGGUGCUUGUUUGCUUGCUUGUUUGCAUGUAGGAAAUGCUUUCUUUCUUAUUAUUUCUUUGGUUUUUCAGAUUAAAAUUUUAGAGGCAUAUAUCCAACAUAGAAACGAGAUUCCAGAGAAUCUCCUGGACUCCCUUGCUCCCAUCUGUGGGUCCUUUCCUCCUGCAUCUUUUAUAAUAAUCCAAAUCUUUUAGCUCUCCAUUAUGUCCAAAGUUCACCAUUAAACUACAAGUGUUAUUCCAACCCUACAAACGAUUUUGACUGGUUACAAUGGUUUUUAAGAUGAAUUAUUAAUUUCCCCUAUUCCUUAUUAAAAUUUUGGCCUUCCCGAUUUCUGAUUCUCCCGGUUGUUUUAGCCAUUUCGGCAUAAUCCAUCAACUUGAUCGGCCAUUCUUCUCUGGUAGGGACUUUGUCUUCUUUCCAUCUCUGGGCCAGUAACACUGGAGCAGCCGUGGUUGCAUACAUAAAUAUGUAUGCAUGCCAGAAACUCUUAUAAUUGAGUUUCUGGGUCAAUCCAAGAGGACCCCUGAGCAUCUUAAUUUGUUUUUACUUCAUGGGACUUACGGACUUAUUAAUUAUAGGCGGAAACGUCCCAGUUUAAUUUAAUUAGAUUUAUUUAUCUUCUCAAAGUCGUAUGAUUGUUUAUCUCUGACGACUGAUGGGAGGAUGUCCCACAGGGCAGGUGCCACCACCGGGAAGGCCCUCUGCCUGGUUCCCUGUAACUUCAGUUAUCGCAGUUAGGGAACCGCCAGAAGGCCCUCAGAGCUGGACCAGGGUGCAGGUGAGCCUAUACACACACACACACACACACACACACACACACACACACACAUAUGCAUGCAUGCAAGAACAGCCUGGCUGCUGGAUCAGGCCAAGGGCCCAUCUGAGUCCUGCAUCCCAUUCUCACAUUGGCCUGAGAAAAAUAGCACAGAAGGGGGAGGAAAAUGAGACUCUUUGCUAUGUAUGUUUCUCUCCUGAUUGCUUGGAAUCAAGGUUUGCUUGCCCCAGGCGCACGACUGACUAAAUCCAACAGGGCACAUAGUUACUUUAGUUUUUUCUCCCCUGCCCCAGGUGGAGUCUCCGACACCGAUGCACGUGGAGCUAGUGUCUGAAUCGCCUGUGGCCUUGUCCCCGCACCCUCGCUGCGUCUGCGCAGGCUGCGAUAACCCUCCGGUGGCCAACAGCGAAUGGGACAACGAGUAUUGCAGCAACGAGUGUGUGGUUAAACAUUGCAGGUGGGUGGGCAGCCGGGGCUGCCUAAUAAUAAUAAUAAUACCCCGCCCAUCUGGCUGGGUUUCCCCAGCCGCUCUGGGCAGCUCCCAACAGAAUGUUUAAAAAACGAUAAAACAUCAAACAUUAAAAACUUCCCUAAACAGGGCUGCCUUCAGAUGUCUUCUAAAAGUCAGAUAGUUGUUUCUUUCCUUGACAUUUGAUGGGAGGGCGUUCCACAGGGCGGGCGCCACCACCGAGAAGGUCCUCUGCCUGGUUCCCUGUAACCACUUCUCGCAGGGAGGGAACCGCCAGAAGGCCCUUGGAGCUGGACCUCAGUCUCUGGGCUGAACAAUGGGUUUUCAAGUCUGAUAACAGAGGGUGUACAGUCUAUCCUCUUCCUCUGUGAGGACUAGACACUUGGCAGACAAAUGAGGGAGCAAUACAAACACACACCAGUCCUACUUGAAUACACAGAGUAAAUAGUUUCAGCUGCCUCAGCAAAGCCAAGCCACGUGGUUUGGGAGCAGGGAACGAAGAUGUGCAAGCUAGUCAGGUCAGGAAGAAGCAUCCGCCAGGUCUUCAUUAUUGAACAUCCAGUUCAGCAAUGCACUGCAAAUGGCGCACAGCAAGACACACUGCUGCCAUCGCUUCUUUGUAAUGGCAAGCUCAGGUUAUGACGGCGGACCGAGACUGAACCCACGCACAGGUUGCUGUGAAAAAAGGAGGGCCGCUGCCAGCUCUUGGGGGGGGGGGGCGGGACAUGAAAUAAAGUGCAUUUUUAAAUACAUAUAUCUCCCAGUCAGUGCUAGGCAAGAUACUGGAGGUUCACAGGCUCCCCACUCCUGUUGUGCAAGUUUUUAGAGUAAGGAUCUUUGCACCUGCAGGAACUGCUGCUGCAUAUACUUCCUGCCUCUUGACUAAACCUCUGCUUCUGUCCCUCUCUCAUUCACAGGGAUGUGUUUCUAGCUUGGCUGGCCUCCCGCAAUUCCAACAACAACGUUGUCUUUGUGAAAUAA